AUUAGUGAUGAUCUGUGGUCUGUGAUGAAGACUGAUUUUAAACUCCGAAUUAUUAUUUUUCUAUAAAUCCUAGACAAUUCAUUCACAGUCUUAAUAUUACAACUUUAUUUUGAAAACCAAUAGAUGGAAUUUAAAUGUGUAAUUAUCUUGUAACUCAGUCAAGUGAAUGUUGAUAAGCAAUCAAUUCCCCAUGGAUACGCCGCCUGUGCCAAAACCUCGGAGUACGUUUCUGCCCCAGAAUGAAGCAUUAAAAGUGCCUGUUCCUCUGCCACGAUCCAAAGCGCCAACGAACAAUGAAAAGGUUACAGCUUCUGAUGUACUACGUUCCAUCACUUCAGUUUCAAAACAAAUCACGGAGGAUGUUGCACAAAAGGUUAGCAGUUCGGCAAAAUCUGCCAAUGACAAAAUUGAAAAAUCCAUAUCUGACUCUUCGAGAUUUGCGAAAGACACCCUGGAGAAAACCAUAAUGACGUCUAGAUCCGUUAGAGACACUGUUACAAAAUCUGUCAUUCAAGGUACUAAAUCAGCCAGCAUUAAAUUAAGAAUAUCAAAGAAGUCUGAAAAUCCUGCCGAGAAUGACAGUCAAAGGCCGGUUUCAAUGCCAGUUGUAGAUGUGAGUCUUUUUGAUAAUAUUCAAUUCCAUUCUCCUCUUUUGGAGCAAAAGAAAUAUGGCAAGGAUGAGCAUCAGUUGGAGAGACUUCCUGCACUUCAGUUGAAUACAACACAACUCGAUGAUGUCUCAUUGUUUUCCAGUAAUUCUGAGUCCAACACGGAUACAGCAAGCAAUUUUUCAUUUGACAGUCGAGAAAAUGAUCCAACUGAUUUAAGUUUGACUUUAGAUAAUGUAUCAACUUAUGAUACAGUAAAUCCAUCAAGGGUUAACAGCAUUGUGAGCUUAAGAUCAGCACCUGAAGUUCCAGAGCGACGGAAAAAAAGAAUGAGCGAUACAGUUGUUAUGAGGCAAAACUCAUUGUAUGAAAACUGGACACUUCCCCAUUCCUCUUCCAACAUUGGUGCAGAUGCAAAUCCAAGGCCAAGUAAAAGUACAAUAUAUGAGUUUGAUCCGUUGAACAAUAACAAUACAUUCACUAACAAGAAAUAUGAAGGUGUUAGUAAUGAACUCAUUCUGUUGGAGUCCUUUUUAAUAGGUGAUACCUAUGGUACUAUCAUUUCUAAUGCAGACAAUGGUAGUGAUGAGUAUGACUUCACCGAAACAGAGUAUUUUAAUCCACCAACUCCACCCGAACGUAGUGAUAGCCUUUGCCCUAACGAUACAUCACCAGUUUGUACUCCUGAAGAAACUGGAGUCGAAAAUAGUGAAAUUAACCAAGAAAGAGCAAGUUGGUAUGUAGACAAUGACACAGCGUCAUCCUCAGAUCAGAAUAAAAUGCAAAGUACUAUGAUGCAAAAAUUUUCAAACAUAUUAAAGUUAGAUUCUGUUCGGAAUAGAUCAAACAAACAAAUCAAUAAAAAAUCCGAGGUAAUUGAGCGUCCCCCUGUAAACAACUUACCGGUGUCGUACUACAGUGGUAUGAUGAAUAAAGUGGUGUCCGGAGUAGUGGAAGAUUUGUUCAAGAACUCUCAGUCACGUUUUUGUGUGUUGUCAGAUCAAAAACUUAUGUGCUAUUCAGAUCCAACAAACUUAGUUUUAAAGGAGGCUUACAUGCUAGAAAAUGUUCAUUCAGUUCAAUUGGUCUUGCCGUUAUCUUCAAGUACCACCACCAACUCAUAUUGUUUUGAAGUAACAGUUUCUACCGGAAUUCGUAAUACGCCACGGAAAGUUUUAUUCAGUUGUGCAAGUGCAUCCGAGAGACGAAACUGGGCGCAAAAGCUUGCAGAGCAUCUAACCAAUGUCUUUCCAACUAAAUACACUACAGAGUUCACGAGAUGUGGCUGGUGCUACCUUAAGGAAGGCGUGAGUGGGGAGUGGCGAGGCGCGUGGAUCAUGCUGAUCCGCCGCGUCCUCGCGUACUAUGCAGGCGACGACGUGUGCACUGUUGACCUGAGAAAGACAAGAUGUGUCGUGACUCAAACAGCGGAUGCCGAUACAAAACAGCUGUGUCCAUCUGACGGCAGUCCCAACCUUAUACUAGACUGCCCUCAUGCCACUCUCUACCUACGCUUCCCCCAUGAAAGAGACCUUAAGGGUUGGAAAUACAUGGUGAAACUUGCCGCUCACAACAAUGGAGCAUACAUUCACCAUCAGCAACUUACAAAGGACAACAUUCCAGUCAUCGUCGACAAGAGUCUCAGUUUCAUUUAUGCUCACGGUAGUUUAUCCGAAGGGAUAUACAGAAGGGCUGGGAGUACGUUGGUGCUGUCAGAACUGCUGGCGCGCUUCCGCAGGGACGCGUGGUCGGUGCAGCUCACGCCGGGACAGCAUUCCGAGCACGAUGUCGCCGGGGUACUGAAGAGGUUCUUCAGAGAUCUGCCCGAGCCUCUCGUACCUCAGGAGAAGCAUAACACACUUGUUGAGGCGCUGGAAAUAGGUGAUCCAACCGCACGUCACACGGCGUACCGGAACGUGAUGACGUCACUCCCAAUAGUGGCUCUGAAGACGGCGCGCAAGCUGUUCGCUCACCUGCACUUCCUGCAGACUAUGUCGCAGGCCAACAAGAUGAACGCCGAAAACCUUGCCUCUGUUUGGGCGCCCACCAUCAUGCCUACCGCUGUA